GCUUGGCUCGGCUCUUUCUUAGGCAGCCGCCCCGCCCCCUGGCCGGCGGUGGGAAGCACUGAGGCCCCUGAUUGGUGCGAGGGCGGCCGGGCCGGGUAGGCCGCCCAACACUCAGCUCGCAGCUUUGCUUUGGAAACCCUGAGCGGUCGUGUUCCACUCGGGCUCGGGAAGGAAACUACUGAAAGCUACGGCAGCGCCUGUGCGUGCAUUGGGAUGGCAUGGAACCGCUUUGGGGAUUUUCUGUCUUUUAGGAACUGCCGCUGAAUCUAAACCCUAAUAUCGUCCUCUGGUUUGUGUGGCUGGAUGGAAGUUUCUGUGGGGGCUCUGCGAAGAGGUGGUGCCUUCUACCAAAGAUCUAAGUAGAUACAAUCAGUGUGAAUAUGAGGCUCCGGGAAGUGCUAAUGAUGAACGAUGGACUCUUUGGGAAGCUGCUGAAAGUUGGACCGUGGAUGUGAGUUAUGAUGUCCCUUCUCCUCGUGCCUCCAGCCUUGAGAACAUGACAACAGUCCAAAAUGGCUUUGGGAAUAGCCCUGCUACUGCCCAUGUAGUUAUGGAACCAGUUGAGACCAGAACAGUCAUUAAUUCUUCCUGUCAGAAUGGGGUAUGUAAGAGUUCUAACAACAGUGAUUCAGAAGCCCAGGAAGAGAAGCUCAGCCCUUCCAAACUCAUGCGCCUUUUCUCUGCCACUAGGAAGAGGAGUAGUUGCAAUGCAGAAAGGCCUCGCUCAAUGAUUCUGAUGGGCAAUUCUUCAACUUGGAAUGCUCUAUCUUCCUUUAGGAAAAUGGGAUCAUUUAAAAAACUAAAGUCCUCAGUUCUUCAAGGAAUUCAGAAUCGGGAGGACCCAGAUGUUUUAAAUGAGGAUGCUUCAGAAAAUGACUUGGGAAAACACAUUUCCAAUGGUGCUAUGACAGGUGUCCAAACUAACAGGUAUUCUUGUGCAGGACAGUUAAAUGAUUUCCACAAGGCAGUGGAUGGAGGGUUAUCAGAUUGUUCUGACCCAGAAGAAAAUGAUGAUACCUUCCUGAGGAAUACUCACAGGUCAAGGAGCAUCAGGAGAGCCUAUGGUAUCGGUCGCAUUAACUUACUGGACUCUGAUAAGUAUCCUGGCUCCCAGCUCUGUGGGAGACCUCUGUCACCCAUCAUCCAAGAGCCCAAAGUCUGUGAAAUUUUAGUGAAAAACUCUGAAAAUAACCGUAUUAUCUACAGGAGAAGCAAAAGUACCGACAACUUGAACUUCCUGAGGAAAAGUUCUUUCAAGCGAAAGUCCACCUCAAACCUCACUGACCUUAAAGUGACAAAUGAGAAGCACGAAAUCCAAAGGACACUAAGUUCUCCCACUGACUCGGAUAAAAUUAAUGGGCUAGAGAGGAGGUCAAAACGCUGGAAGAGUCCAAUAAGAGCCAAGGAUUUUGAUCGCGUUUUGAAACUUGUAAGUAACGUUGCUGAUGCUGCUUGGAAGAGAGAAUCUCCUAAGAGUGGGACGUCAUCCCCGAGUGAGCCAAGCCAAAGAGUACAGCUCAACAGCCAACUACACGAUGAUUAUUCCCGUCGUGUUUCUACUAAUACGGAACAUGACCGAAAGAGGUGUACAUCCCCAAUAUGCAAUGUGGAAUCUUCCUUUGCAGUAAUUCCUAGCCUAAGUCCAAACAUUUCUCAGCGCACUGAUACAGACAUUGAAACAAAGGUGUUGCCCAAAGCCAAACCCCUCCAGACAUCAGGAUGUGUCCAUCAGUCUGCUGACAGUUCCUCAUCAAGCCCCACUGCUCUAAAAGCAUUUAUCAAAGACUCUGAUAAACCAAAAAAUACUAGCCAGUCUGCAUGUGAAUUGGAUCAUCCUAGCACGCCUCCUCGGCCCACUGCCCCCAAACCUCAGAGCCCUGUUUCAGAAAAUGCCAAGUACAAUAUGAAUUUCCGUUGUCCAAACACCCAUAGCACGUUGUCUCUGAGCUCAAUGGAAAGUGAAGAGCGAGCAGAGGUGCCUGCCCCAAAGGGGAGAAGUCCAGUGUCCUUCCAGGAGUCAGUGAAAACAAUGUAUUAUGAUGAUGGUAAUGAGGAUAGUGGUAUUAGCAGCCACUCCCAGCUGAGCCUCAAUUUAGCCACCAGUCCAGAGGAGAGGAAGGAAGAGGUUGUUACUGAUGAACAGUGGAGGAAGUCUUCCUCCCAGGAUGAAGAAAAGAUGGAGCCACAAAGAGUCACAAGGAGGAGAUGGGGUUCUGGAAAAAGAUCUCGACCUAGGCCCCUCUCUGAUUACAGUCAGUUGACAAGCAGAAGCUUCUCCAUUCCUGAAGACUCAGUUGCCAUGGAAACCCAAAAACUGGAUGGUGUGGAUGGAGGAAACCAGCAGAGUGUGGCCUCCUCUGACACUUCUGACCAAAAUGUUUCUUUGGGCUAUUCAAAAGGAUGCCGAAAAAGAAGACCCAUCUCUGUGAUAGGUGGGGUCAGCUUCUAUGGGAACAACCAGACGGAAGAAAUAGAAAAUCUUCUGACCCAACCAGUAACGAGGCCCCCAGUUCCAGCUCAUCAAGUGCCACCAUAUAAAGCUGUUUCUGCCCGGUUUCGGCCAUUUACAUUUUCCCAAAGCACACCUAUUGGACUGGAUCGAGUUGGACGCAGAAGGCAGAUGAGAGCAUCUAAUAUUUCUACAGAUGGAGCAGCAGAAUCAUCUGCCUUAGUUGAUGACAAUGGAAGUGAGGAAGAUUACAGUUAUGAAGAGAUUUGUCAAGCCAGUCCCAGAUACUUACAGCCUGGAGGAGAACAGCUAGCCAUCAAUGAGCUAAUCAGUGAUGGCAACGUGGUCUAUGCGGAAGCUUUGUGGGAUCAUGUGACCAUGGAUGAUCAGGAGCUUGGCUUCAAAGCUGGAGAUGUCAUCCAAGUACUGGAGGCCUCCAAUAAGGACUGGUGGUGGGGCAGGAAUGAGGAGAAGGAAGCCUGGUUUCCUGCUAGCUUUGUCAGAUUACGAGUCAAUCAGGAAGAACUCUCAGAGAAUUCCAGCAGUACUCAAGGUGAAGAGCAAGAUUCAGAUGCUGGGAAGCACCGCCAGAAACAUUCAGAAAAUAAAGACCAGAUGAGGACCAAUGUUAUACAAGAGAUCAUGAACACUGAACGAGUCUACAUUAAACAUCUCAAAGACAUCUGUGAGGGCUAUAUUCGGCAGUGUCGCAAACAUACAGGAAUGUUCACUGUUGCACAACUGGGUACCAUUUUUGGAAACAUUGAAGAGAUUUACAAAUUCCAAAGGAAAUUCUUGAAAGAUCUUGAGAAGCAAUACAAUAAAGAAGAACCUCAUUUGAGUGAAAUAGGAUCCUGCUUUCUUCAACAUCAAGAAGGCUUUGCCAUCUAUUCUGAGUACUGUAACAACCAUCCUGGAGCCUGCCUGGAGCUUUCUAACCUGAUGAAGCAGGGCAAGUAUAGACAUUUCUUUGAAGCCUGCCGCCUGCUUCAGCAAAUGAUUGAUAUAGCCAUCGAUGGUUUUCUCCUUACUCCUGUUCAGAAGAUUUGUAAAUACCCUCUGCAGCUAGCUGAGUUGCUGAAGUACACCACUCCAGAGCACAGUGAUUACAACAAUAUAAAGGCAGCAUAUGAGACCAUGAAGAAUGUAGCAUGCUUAAUCAAUGAGCGUAAACGCAAGUUGGAAAGUAUAGACAAGAUAGCACGCUGGCAAGUGUCCAUUGUGGGCUGGGAGGGGCUCAAUAUUUUAGACCGCAGUUCAGAACUGAUCCAUUCAGGAGAACUGAGCAGAAUCACAAAGCAAGGAAAGAGCCAGCAGAGAACUUUCUUCCUUUUUGACCAUCAGCUUGUGUUCUGCAAAAAGGACUUGCUCAGACGUGACAUGUUAUACUACAAAGGACGAAUUGACAUGGAUGAAAUGGAACUGAUGGAUAUCGAGGAUGGGCGGGACAAGGACUAUAAUAUCAAUGUAAAGAAUGCUUUCAAGAUCAUCAAUAAAUCGACAGAAGAGGUGUAUUUGUUUUGUGCCAAAAAGCAAGAGGAUAAAGUCAGGUGGUUGCAAGCCUGUGCUGAUGAAAGGAGACGUGUGAAGGAAGACAAAGAAAUGGGAAUGGAAAUAUCAGAAUCUCAAAAGAAACUUGCUAUGUUAAAUGCUCAAAAAACAACUCACACAAAGUCAAAAGGUUAUAAUGGGUGUUCUGUACCUCCCCCCCACCAAAGCUUACAUCCUAUCCACCAACGACACAUCACAGUACCUACCAGCGUUCCUCAGCAACAAGUUUUUGCCCUGGCAGAACCUAAGAGAAAGCCAUCUCUAUUUUGGCACACCUUUAAUAAACUCACCCCAUUCAAGAAAUGAAAAAAAAAAUGAUCUCCCUGCUGGCAGGGACUCUGUUGGAGAAAAGACAUGCUUUCUUUUCCUCUGUUUGAAAUCCUUCUUGGAACCAGUGCUGAAGAUCACCUUUACUGGACAUCCGUGAAGGAAAGGGGACUUCAUCUCACCUUCUGCCAGGAACUUUUUGCAGGAUAGAAGACGGUCAUGAUGUGAUGUCAUAAGACAGCCUAGCACGUAAUAGGCACUUAAUAAUGGCUUGUUGAAUUGAAACCCUCCAUAUUCUUCCUCUCUGAACUGACCAGAGAUGUGCUCUAAAGCAAGAGUUGUUUCUGCUGAAUAAGCCGUGCUAAUGAUGAGCAUCUUCUUUGGUGACCAGGGAAAUAGUUGCAGUUUCAAAGGUGAAUACCCAAGGGCUUGUUUUUUUUCAACUUGUCCCAAGGCAUGACCAGCUUUGGAGGACCACUGUUACAUUCCCAAUGCCAUGCUUGGUUUUGAGGGAAAUCACCUCUAGAACUGAAAUCUUUCUUCUUGUCAUGUGUUCAGUGAGAUCUAAGGGAAGCUUUUGUUUUUUCACCGAGGCAUAUGUUUAACCUUAUCUCACUCAUUCACUGCUGAAGAUCAAGCAUUUUCCUGUUCAUUUUCUGUACUUUCCCAAAUUUCCCAAAUGGUAGUGGAGAGAAAUUCAUUCUCUUUCUCUUGCAGGCUAGGAGGGAAAAAAAACCAAGGCUACUAUUAAAUCAAAUGGCACUAAUAACUUGAACUUGAUCCAGGUGUUCAGAAAGCAGUCCUGCUGCUUUCAAGGAAGGAAGUCAAGAAAACCCAGGUCCAUUUUCCCUCAAAUUAACUAUUCUCCUGCAUGUAUAAUAGAAUGUAGCAAAGAAAUCAAUUCUUGCCUACAACUCAGCCUAUAAGACUCUUUCAGUCACAUAUAAUCUGUUUUGUAAAAAUAUAAGUAUUUCCAUUUUUUAUCAUGAUAAUGUGAAUGUGUAAAAUAUUUAUGUACUUCUUCUAGCAGUUUUUUUUCCUCCCAUGCAGUCUCAUAAAACAAACUCCAAAAUUAUACCCAUUCAGCUAGAAAGGUAUUAAAUGGCCAAGGGAAACAUUCCCUUGGAUUUUUGAAAUAGGUUUUGAUCUUGAGCCUCCACAUUCCUUCAUGAGAGUGAGAACAGAUUUCUGAAGAUUAAUCUUUCUUCGAGGAGACCAUGACAAAAAAAUUAAAAAUGGGAAAUGAUCAAUUUGGUGCAUUUAUCUUUUUCUUUCUCCACUUUUCCAACUAGGAUAUACACUAGCUGGUAUCUAUAGACAAGUAUAUGAAUUUUUAGGAAAAUCAUUUUGAGAAAUCUUUUAUGACAGACUCUUCAAGGGUUUCAAAAUGUUAAUCACUUUUAUUUUCUUAGCACACUGGAGGAGAGACAUUUAUGUUAUAUAACUAACGCAUUUGUUUUCUAAAAUUAUAUUUAUGGUAACGUGCUCUUGUUAGACUGCUCAACUAUUUCUAGUAGGUAAAUCUGAGAAUAAAAACAGAUUGACUUAAGGACAUACAUUAGGUUUAGAUUUUUCAGAAUGUAGCUCUCAAAGCCUCUUCCUCACUAAGUCUAGAAUUUCUAAAGGAGGCCAGCUGGUGGGAAAGAGCAAUUAUAAGAAGAUUGAAUUUGAAGCCUCCUCAACAGAUAUUUAUGACAUUUAUGUAAAAUUUUGAUGAAAAGGUAUUUGUUCACUAUCUUAACAUGUUACUUUUGAUGGCUUAUAUGUAGGAGGUCUUGCUUGGUAUUUAUAAUUACUUUGAUUAAUGACUCUUAUGUCAGCCUGAGGUAGAAGCUGGUGCUAAGAAAAAGUUAUCAGUAAGUAUUUGUGCUAGUGUGUCUAAAAAAUAGACACUUCAGCUUUAAUUGUGUUUGUAUAAUUGGCCUUUUAUUAACAAGCUUUUUAAAAAAAAGAAUAUUGAAUUUUGAAAACUUAACAUGCCUUUGAUGCACCCAUCAGCAAUAACUGGUAGUGCUCUUUCUAUGCUAAAGGGAAUGCAUAUUAAUUAGCAAUUUUUAACAGCUCUUCCAUGUUAUAUGACAGAAUUGCCUUGGGGUGCCCAGUGGAAUUACUUGACAGUGCUACAUUUGUAAAUGAAAAUUCAAUUUUUUUUAAAAAAUGUAAAUGUUUCUUUUUAAAUAUCAACUGAACCAAUGAACCAAUAUGUUUUCUCUGCAAAGCUUUAACACUUCUGUAAGAAUUUCCCUGCUGCAUCCAAAAUGCUGACUUCCAGGUUCUCUACCUCCAUAGUCUUCCAAAUAGAAAAGAAUGAAUUUGGGGAAAUAGGUUAAUUGUCUAGUUUCAGUUCAAAUACAGAUCUGUUUCCAUCAGAUAAAGUUAUGGUGCCAAAUCAAAUUUGUCCUCAGUGAAUCUGAACAGAGUAUGAAUCACUUGGCUGCCUUUUUUCCCUAGAUGAACCCUAUUGAGAUAAUCAGGGGUUUUCAAACACUCCCAAAGAUUCAUAUUUCAAAAAAUCAUAAGAUGGUAGUUAGCACACUUAAGCCUGGAUUUAUAUGGCUUAAAUUUUGAAUAUUAUAUGUUUGACUUUUAGAAGGAUUGAAAGGAUUGUGUGUCCUUUUAUAUUUGCCAAAUUUUCUUCUCUGGAUAAAGUAAAAGUCUCACUAUAUGUACAUGAGUUUCUCCAAUAACAAUCCAGAGGAGAGAUUCAAGAUUCUUUUGUAUUAUAUAGUAAAUGUUCAAGGAUAUUAAGAAAAUAUUUUAAUGUAUUUCAUUUUUUUAUUGCUCAUGAGAAUGAGUAGAGAAAUGACCUCAGAUCCAAGAAGACUUGGGUUUGGGUCUUCCUGCCUCUGACAUAUAUUGGUUACAUGAUUUCUCAAUAGAUAGAUAACUCUCUAACACUUUAAAUUGUAGAGAAGAUGCUGGCCUGCACUGGUCAAAGAUAUUUCUUCGAAAUUACACUUUUAGCUCAUGUUAUUAAUCAUGUAUUUUCAGAACUCACUAGAUAAAUAAUUAGGCAGGACCUUUGAAAUGACAACUUUUGACAGAAAGGCUUGAAAUAGAAUUUAGAAUAAGAAAGUACCUUUGGUAUCAGUUCUGCCUCAUUUUCCAGAUGAGGAAUUCCAGGUCCAGAAAAAUUAAGUGAUUUUUCUGGACUAAGUAGCAAAACCUGAAUAAGAGCCCAGAGUUUUUGGCUUCUGCCAUUUAUUACUUGUAUGUCAAGAAACAAGACACUUAAUCUUUUACUGGGAUCCAUUUAUCAUAUUAAAAAUAUCCAAUCACCUUAUAGAAGAAUACAAGCUAAUGCUCAAGUAGUUGCUGUGAUUUCCAAGACCCUAGUAAGGGAAAAAGUAUUUUUGGUGAGAACUGUGAACAGCAACAAAAAGGCAAAUACAAUUUGCCAGAUACAUAUUUGGGACUUCCAAUAAUACAGCUUUAGAUUUCAGUAAAUUUCUGAUUUUGUUUUCUUUUCCCAACUUGGUAACUAAAGCAUUUCACCACCAUAUGAUGACACUGAGUGCUGACGUGUCUUGUUAUACAUAGGCUACACAAAGACAGGUUCCUUGUCUGUAAAGCAAAUAUUAACUUCAUGUUGACUUAGAAGAACAAUGCUCUUUCAUUUAUGAAAGACCAUUUACCUUGAGUAAAUUUCUCUUCUUGUGCAACAAUGGCAAAAAGAAUGCUGUAUUAUAUUCAAAAUUUGAGAUAUAUUGAACAUUACUGUAAAUUCUGUUUUCUGGUACUUUACCAAGUGGAUAAUUCUAUGUAUCAACCUUUUCGAAAUCCCUCGUGAUGUCAACUAACAAACCCAUAGAUUCAAAUUAGAGUAAUAAUUAGCUGAGGUUUAGGGCAGGAUUAUUAGACUUGUGUGAUGAUGGUUUGGGGGAUUUGAAACAGAGAAAAUAGAUCUCUGGCUCAGAGGGCUUUUGUUACAAUCAUGAUUUCCAGUAUCUUUAAGUCCAGAUUUUCUCCUUAUAUAUAGGUUGAAAUACAAUAUUACAUUGGAGUAGUUGGAGAAACAUAUCGAAUUCCCAGUUUAUCAGAAUGUUUGAUUAGGCACCACUUAGUCACUGAAUGUGUCAAGUUAAAAACUUUUUAUUCUAAAAUUAUUGCACAAAUAGCUUAUAUUUUCCCUUGGCCACCGACUUUUUUUCCUCCAAUAGACAAUGAAGGAGGGAGCUCAAAAUAACAUGGUGAAAAUAAACUGUAAUUUGUCUUUGCAAAAGACUACUGCUUUAAUUUUUGAUCCCAAGUUCCUUUGGCAUAACUAACACUUGUCCUUUUCUAGGCAAUGGCAUUUAUAUUGAAGAAAUGCCCUACUUCUAACUGAUUCUGUAAUUUAGCAAAUAUCACUGUGUAAAUAUUAGCAUAGCUGUAUAACUUGCUUACAUAGUUUGCCAAGUAUUUUUUGUAACUUUUAUCAUGUAAAUGUUAAUUCAUUAUUUUACAUCGAGUUGAUGUUGCCUAUGUAAAUCAAGUGACGGCUUCAAAACAGAUGAAUUAGCUGUUGACAGCUAAGGUAUGAUGUACAGAAUUGCUGGAACUUGAUUAUAUAUUUGAACUGAAGUGUUGUAUUAUAAAAUUUAUUUCCUCUUGAUGUGGUUUUAUGUAAAUGAUUUCAUUUCUUGUAAAUGAUGUGUGCCUACCAUUUCUGUCAUUUUGCUUCUGUAUGGUAAAAUAAAAUAAUUUGUAAAGCUGGUUUUCAGCAAUUUUAAUAAGAAAUAA